GGUUCAGAAAAGCAAGAACUAUUUUGUGUUAGAAAUAUAUUUAUAUAAAAUUGAGAUCAUUUCUUUUUUGAUAUAGUUUUAUCGUUGGAUCAUAUUGAACCGAUAUUCCGAUCAUGACGGAGCAACAAAUGGAUUGUGCGUUGGACUUAAUGCGAAGACUGCCUCCGCAACAGAUCGAGAAGAAUUUGACGGAUUUAAUCGACCUAGUUCCGAGUUUAUGUGAGGACUUGCUGUCGUCAGUCGACCAGCCGUUGAAGAUAGCUCAGGAUAGGAGCAACGGCAAGGAUUACCUGCUGUGUGACUACAACAGAGACGGGGACUCGUACAGGUCGCCAUGGUCGAACACUUACGAUCCGCCCCUGGAGGACGGGUCUAUGCCCUCGGAGAGAUUACGGAAGUUGGAGAUAGAAGCGAAUCACGCGUUCGACCAGUACAGGGAAAUGUAUUUUGAGGGCGGCGUCAGUUCUGUGUACCUGUGGGACAUGGAUCAUGGGUUUGCAGGUGUAAUAUUAAUCAAGAAAGCCGGCGAUGGAUCCCAGAAGAUCAAGGGUUGCUGGGACUCCAUCCAUGUGGUUGAGGUCGUGGAGAAGAGUUCAGGACGUAAUGCGCAUUACAAACUCACUUCUACUGCCAUGCUGUGGCUGCAGACUAACAAGGAAGGCAGCGGCACUAUGAAUCUGGGUGGCAGUCUUACGCGACAGGCGGAGCAAGACUCAGCGGUGAGCGACGUGACGCCUCACAUCGCCAACAUCGGCCGCAUGGUCGAGGACAUGGAGAACAAAAUCAGAAACACACUCAAUGAUAUUUACUUUGGCAAAACUAAGGACAUCGUGAACGGUCUACGGUCGUGCGUGCCCGCUGCUGUGGCCAAGGCGAAGGCGGCGCUUCAACACGACCUCGCAGAGGUGCUCAACCAGCGGCGCCAGUUCCCGCGCGCCGAGUGAGACGCGCUCGAGCCCGAUGAGUUGGAGACAUUUGGGUUAAUGUAACAACGACAUAGAAAGUUCAAGAAGAUUAUUAAAUAGACAAUGGAAAAGUAUAUAUUUGGAUGAAAGUCAAAAGUUAGCGUUUAGGAGAUUGUAUAAACCAAUGCAUCCAGUACGGUGCUUAUAUUGUAGUCCAGUAUAUCUAGGUUGUAUAAGUGUAA